AUGAAGAAGAAAGUGCUUUUGAUGGGCAAGAGUGGUUCAGGCAAGACCUCGAUGCGCUCCAUUAUCUUUUCCAACUACAUUGCACGAGACACCCGUCGUCUUGGAGCCACCAUCGAUGUUGAACAUUCUCACGUUCGUUUCCUCGGAAACCUUGUCCUCAACCUGUGGGACUGCGGAGGACAGGAGGCAUUCAUGGAGAACUACUUUGCUUCACAGCGCGACCACAUCUUCAAGAACGUUGAGGUGCUGAUUUAUGUGUUUGAUGUCGAGAGUCGGGAUGUGGAAAAGGAUAUGCACUACUACCAGUCAUGCCUCGAGGCCAUCCUGACGAAUUCCAAGGACGCAAAGAUCUUUUGUUUGAUUCACAAAAUGGAUCUCGUUCAGGAGGACCAGCGUGACAAAAUUUACAACGAGCGCGUGCUCGAGCUGCAGACAAGAUCCUUGCCUCUGCAGGUGAUACCCUUCCGGACCUCCAUCUGGGACGAGACCCUCUACAAGGCUUGGUCUUCAAUUGUCUACUCGUUGAUCCCCAACGUUCAGCUGCUGGAAAGUCAUCUGGAUAACUUUGCAAAGAUUUGCGAGGCGGACGAGAUUGUGCUAUUUGAGAGAAUGACGUUCUUGGUGAUUGCCCAUUCUACAAGAGUUGACAAUGGCGACGUGCACCGGUUCGAGAAGAUCAGCAACAUCAUCAAGCAGUUCAAGCUUUCCUGCUCGAGGACUCAGGGAAGUUUCCAGAGCAUGGAAGUACGGCACUCCAACUUUGCAGGAUUCAUUGACUAUCUGACAGGAAACACAUAUGUGAUGGUCAUCAUGUCUGACCCCACCAUCCAAUCGGCUGCGACCCUCAUGAAUAUCAGCAUUGCCAGAAAGCACUUUGAAAAGCUGGAAGGAGCACAGUUCUCCAAGUAA